GGAAUGAGAGGGAGCAAGAGUCCCGCCCUUCAGUUGUGUUUAAAUGUGAAGCGGAAAAUUAUCUCCGUGGCUCAGGGGAGGGAAAAGGAGAUUCUAGUGUUAGAUGAGCGGGUUUACCGUGCUUUAAAUCAUAGUCAAGCUCUCUCUCUCUCUCUCUCUCUCUCUCUCUCUCUCUCUCUCGCUGUGUCGCUCUCUCUAUCUGUUUGUUAUAUAGUGUCUCUGACUUGAGCUUCAAGCUUCAAAGUGAGUGGAAAAGCUGAGAGAAUUCAGGAAAACGAUACCUGGAUGCAGGAAUAUCUGGACACCUCACAAUGGAUGGAUUGAGGACAAAGUGUUAAGUUCUCCAGCGGUUGUCUCUGAAUGAUACAGAGGAGUGUUGGGAUGUCGUGGUUGUUGUUGUUGUGGGUCAGUCUGACAGUCCUGCUCAUGAGUGAGGGCACUUUCUAUGAGACCAUACAGCAGCACCUGGCCCCACCCGGAACUAACAUACAGAUCCUGGGAGGGACAUGCGAGGUGAUUGCGGCGCACAGGUGCUGUAACAAAAACAAGAUUGAGGAGAGAUCUCAGACUGUGAAGUGCUCCUGUUUACCAGGGAAAGUGGCAGGGACCACCAGGAAUAGACCCUCUUGUGUUGAUGCCUCUAUAGUGAUUGGGAAGUGGUGGUGCGAGAUGGAGCCGUGUCUGGAGGGAGAAGAGUGCAAGACUUUACCAGACAACUCCGGUUGGAUGUGCUACUCCGGGAACAAGAUCAAAACCACCAGGAAUACCCAUCCAUACCCAUCCUUGUAGCAAACAAAGGUUCACUGCAAAGCUCAUGUUGGAGGAACUUAACAAAGGGUAACAUUCAAGAUGACUUGCUGAAUGAAGUUAUCCAACCUCUAAAGCAACAGUCUCAUAUGACAUGAUAUGAAGAGGUCCUCUGCUCAAAAGUCCAUCCGUCUUUUAUUCUGACUAACAUGGACACAGACUUUCUGAGAAAACCUCUCGGCGUGGUGAACACUGCUGGUUCAUUAUAUUGUUUUUCUUUGACAACCGUCAAAUAUUUGUUUUGCCCUGUGAGUUUUGGAUAAUUACACUCGUAUCCAUUUGUGUGGAGUGCACUCAAACCAGCUUUACUUAGCUUGAAAUAAUCUUCAACUGUAAUAUCCUUGGAUGCUAUCCGGUCUCCAAAAGGGACCGAACAAAUGACUUCUCCUGCUGUAUGUAAUAAUAUCAACUUUCCAUUUAUGUGGAUGGUAAACGGGAUGAUUUUUAAGUGGGGCUGAUUGAUGCUCAUCAACUAAGGACACUUGGCACAUCAGCUGUAUUAAAAAAAGCUAAUGGUCGCCUGAACUUGGAAUUACUGAUCCUGUCCAGUCCUUCUUCCACAGAUGUCUCUUUGUUUCAGUGAGAGACUUCAGAGUGAAUUGAUAUGAUGUAAUAAUAAAGAUUUGUCUUCGGCAUGAUUACAGUGUGAAAAGCUGUGAAAUUAGGUGAAAGAAAUGUUUAAAAAAAAUAAAACGAAUUCAAAACAGGUGA